AUGGUCGCGAUCAGAUUUCUUCUCGCUCUGCUACCGCUGGCGGUUGCGAUGCCAUCACAAUUCGAAUCGUCUUCCCUUGUCAAACGACACUGCGACCAACCAAAGAACUGCGGCGCUUUAGUCCAAGGCACGGCAUGUGACUUCUGCUGCGCUGCCAACGUCAAGCCGGACGGAAUGCACUGCAAGUCGCGCAACACUGGUUGCGCCAAUGGUGGAACCACAUUCAACUGCGACGCCGAUUGA